AUGGGCGCGUUGAUCUCAGUGGUCAGCACAUAUGACCCUGCCGUCGUUGCAGGUGCUAUUUUUAACGACCCUGGAGUUACUGUGCAACAGGCAUCCUGGUUACGUUUAGCUGAGGCUGAUUCCUCGCCGGCAGGAACCUUUUCGAAUGGACCAUACGGCAUUGGAAGCGGCGGUAUCUUGACUAAUGGCCUAGCUAGAAGAGUGGCUAGUUCGAACAAUAAUGGCCAACCCAAUGUGGAUAACUUUUUCCCAGGGUCUGGGCCAUACUGCGGAUCGGACACUUUCGAUGCUACUGUCCUUAAGGUAUCGAUCCAGAUCGACGAAGAGUACGAUGGUGUCGAGGUCGAAUUCAUACUGUCGUCAAUGGAGUACACUGAAGGCCGACCAGAUCCCAUCGGGAUCUACCUAGACGACGUGCUCUGGAGCAUAGACGACAGCAACAAUCGAAUCACGGCAACUUCCAAGUACCUUAAUGAAGAGAUAGGGAUCAAGGAAAAGGGAAAAUUUGACUUCCCGGGUGAAAACACUGUGAAUCGCGCUACUCGAUACGACGGAUCUUCGCCUCCUUUGCUCGUCGGUAUCCCUGCAACGCCCGGUGAACACACCAUGAUCUUCGCCAUUUGCGAUGCGGUCGACUCGAACUGGGAUUCUGCGCUCAUGGUCAAAGCCAAGGGUUGUAAGGAUUGCAACCCAAAGGUGCGAAUUAAUUACGUCUCAACUACCACGACUACCGGAUCUACAUCGUUCACAAGUACCACCAAAGCGAUUGGAACUGAGUCAGGGACCGUAUUGUUUGGCGUACCAGUCGAAGAGACAACAACUACGACAGAGGAGUUCACUACCACAACUGCCGAUGUUUCAACAACAGACACGUUAUUCACCGCUACAGACACUACAACGGCGUCAGAAAGCCAAGAGACCAGUACGGCGAUAUCGGACACUGAUCCAACAGAUACCACUACCCUGACAUCCGAUCAAAGUUCAACGGUGAUUUCUGCUGUGGAUUCGACAACUACAGCAAAUACAGACACAUCUGCCACGACUGACUUUGAAGUUACUACUACAUUGUCUGAGACAACAGACAUAGCUUCGUCUUCCAUACAGACCUCUGAUCAAUCAUCUGCAAUGGAUAUUUCCACCUCGACAACGGCUACACAAGACAGCACUUCGAUGACUAGCUCAUCCACAGUGGUGGGCUCAACUAGUUCCGAGGGGUCUACAGGUAUACUGGAGUCAAGUACCUUGACGGAACAACAAGCUAUGCCAACCACAGAGACUACAUAUACCAGCUCUGAAGUUUCUACUACUGUUUUACCAAUCAAGACGACCACAUCAGGAGAGACGUCUCAAUCCAAUCUACCAGACACGACCUCUAUAGCAGAUAUCCAGUCAACCCAAUCUACAGAGCAAACUGAUUCCCUUACCCCAUCAAUUCCAGAUUCGACUUCUUCAGCUGUAUCGCCAACAGACAUUGCUGAUCCUACCAACCUCGAUGUUAUUGGAAGCUUCACGUUCCUCGGAUGUCUUGGCUCACCUGAAGGGUAUCCUUCUUUCGACUUGGUAGCCACCUCGGACGAUAUGACGCCCUCCAAGUGUGUCUCAUUGGCAAAUGGUCGUAUUUAUAUCGGCGUUUAUGACAGGUCAUGCUACGCUUCAGAUUCACUCGAGUCUACCACUCUAGUUGGCGAAGGCGAAUGCGAUGUUCCCUGUCCCAACGCACCGCUGCUAUUCUGUGGCGGACGGGUUGGGGCCGGUGCAACGGAUGAAGCUUUGCAGCGUAGAUACCGCUACCGCCGUGACGCACCUGGAAACAUCCUGCUUACUGUUUAUGGAGCGAGCGAUGUUGAAGAAUCAUCAAGCAGUACGUUAGUCACCGAGGUACCAACCUCGGCAUCGACAUCUCAGAUUAUCGUAGACACAUCUGUCAUUACUGCAGACGUAUCUGCGCCAGUGACAGAGUCAAUUACAUCCAACUCUGGUGCGGUUAUUGUUACCCAACCAACUGCAUCUUCUCUCGAGUUUCCUAUCACUUCUGGCCAGGCAAUUCCCUUCCCACCCAACAAACCCGUUCCAACUAGUGGCUGGCUAGGCAAGAACAACAUGACACAGGCCGUUGAUCCUGUUAUCACUGUCUCCACAAUCACAUACACAAUUGUUGAUCCUCAGAAUCCAUCUACGUUCAAGGUUGAGGAGUAUUGCUCAACUAUUCUGUACUAUCCUUGUCACCGCUGCGAGAACCAGGAUAUACCCCCAGUCCACAUGACCACCAUCCAAAGACAAUGCAAUGCCUGUGGUGUGAACGGGGAGAAUUCGGUAUACCUUACGGUACCGGCCGCUGUUGCAGUCCCGUCAGCUACCGGCGGUUUCAAGCAUCCUGUUAACCCACUUCAGCAUGGUUCAAACCCUUUUGAAGCAAGUCCAAUCGAGACGGGUCUUCGUCAUCCCAAACCCGUUAUCCCAGCCAAACCGACAAAAUCGCACUACAACCCUCUCCCGCCGGUCUCAAAGACGGAUGACUCCACUGAUGGACCUGACCAUCUCAACGUCAACCAACCACAAGUUCACCCACAAGACGAUAUUCCCAAGAAACCUCAAUUUGAAGCACCAAAAGCACCCAUCGACGUGCCUAAACCUGUUGACCAAGCUCACCCGACAUCGCAGUUUGGCGGUGGAUACGAGAUCAAGACAACAACAUUGCCAACGUUGCAUAUAGCUUCUGAAGUGCCUCUCAUUGUUUCGGCAGCGACCAUGUCUUUUCCAAUCUUGGGAAUCGUUUUCUUUCUAUUUUCUUUCACAUCGCUACUCAAUAGUGUUUAA